AGUAGCAUAUAAAUUACUUAGAAGUUAGAAGAGUGCACCAUUACACCUCCUGACCUCCGUAGAAAUUUUGAAGGCAAUCGUCGCUUUCAUCUUCCCUAAAAACGCCAUGGACAACAACCCUCACCAAUCGCCGACAGCUGCUGCAGCUGCGGCGGCUCAGUCGGCACCAUAUCCACAGCAAACACCAUACCACCACCUCCUCCAACAACAACAGCAACAGCUCCAAAUGUUUUGGACUUACCAACGCCAAGAAAUCGAACAAGCCAACGAUUUCAGAAACCACCAACUUCCCCUCGCCCGCAUUAAAAAAAUCAUGAAAGCCGACGAAGACGUACGCAUGAUCUCCGCCGAAGCUCCAAUUCUCUUCGCCAAAGCGUGUGAACUCUUCAUUCUCGAACUCACGAUUCGUUCGUGGCUUCACGCCGAGGAAAACAAGCGCCGAACUUUACAGAAGAAUGACAUCGCUGCCGCGAUUACUCGUACCGAUAUAUUUGAUUUCCUCGUUGACAUUGUACCUAGGGAUGAGAUUAAGGACGAGAGCGGCGUUGUUGGGCUUGGGACGGGAAUGGUGGGCCCCUCUGCUAGUGGUGUGCCAUAUUAUUAUCCUCCAUUGGGCCAGCCUACUCCUCCGGGUGGAGUGAUGAUGGGUAGGCCUGCUGCUAUGGCUGGGGUUGAUCCGUCGGCUUUUUAUUCCCAGCCGCCGUCGCAGGCGUGGCAAUGGCAGACAACAGAGGAUAAUUCAUAUGCUAGUGGUGGAAGCAGUGGACAGGGUAACCUUGACGGUCAAACUUAAAAGAUCUCGUCAGCCGCUGGUUUGGAGGCUUAACAGCACAAGUACAACUAAUGGUUAUGGAUGCGGCAUGUAUUUCUUCUCUCAAAUGUGAAUCCACCUUUCUGCUACUGUCCAUGGGUACCGUAACGACCUGAAUCCUUUUCUGUAUAAAACUUCAAUCUUUUUGCGCUUCCUGGAUUUGACUCAUCAAAAUCUUUUGUGGUUACUAGUUGUUAGUGCCAUAUAGAUUCACAUGCAGCUGUGUUGGUUCCUAAUUACUACUUAAUUUCUUUCUGAACUUUUAA